CAGAUCUCUGCAGGGGCUACCAAAUAUGCCUAAUAAAUGCAAGAUGGAAUUUCAUAACGAUCACUAUUUUGUUGAUAAUAUGGAUAUGUUGAGAUUCACGAGUCUUCAGCCUUAUCAAAAUAAGUUAGUACAAUUUAUCGUUCGCCCUAUUUUCACAGUGGUGAUCGUCGUUCCGUUAAUACCAUACGUAAUUGCUGCUUACGUGUAUCGAAACAACGUAGAGCUGCUGAUUCCGGGGAUAGGAACAUUCUUUUAUUUUGUCGCGAUGGCCUUCAAAUAUGGUUUAAAGUUCACCGAGGAAAAGUCGGAGUUUUCGUACAAUAAUAUAGCGUGUAACUGGAAAAUGUUCGAAAAUGAAGAGGAAAGGGAUAUCCUCCGAAAAUUGUUAACAAUCUUUUAUUUCAUUACAGCUGACGUGGUUGGAACUGUACAAGUGUUUGCUUGCUUACCGAUCAUUCCAGAUUUGAUCAAGAAGGUAUUCCCUUCAAACAACGUUACUGUGGACCGGAUGUCGAUCCUCGGCGAAGGAUAUUUAGUAGAUAAAUGGGAAUAUUACCAUUGCAUUUUCUUUUCUGAAGCUUGCGCUUCCUAUAUGACCGUACCAACAUACCUUACGGUGGAUCCUACUUACGCAGUGUGCGUUCAGCAAUGCGUAGGUUUGCUGCGAGUGAUCACUUUUAGUCGGACACUGGGGUCAUCAUAUUCCAUCAAUUUAUUAUUUGUUUUGAUGUAUUCUACAUCAACUACGCUUGUAUCAUCAGUAGGCGUGAGUGCGGAUUACGGUAGAGAUAUUCUUUUCGAUUUGCAACGACUAUUAUACAUUUUUAAAUUGAUUUCUUUCCUGGUAGGAUUAUUGAUUCACCUAUUUUAUUUGAGUUAAUAGGGCCAAAAACCAAUAGAUAGUGAUGACACCAUUUAUUUAUGUUGCAUAUGUAAAAGUACAUUUAACAUAAUUUAA